UCUUCGGACGUUUUUCGACUCAUUUGAAGUCCAAUGAGGAAGAGAGACAACGGGACCUGACGCAGUUACCGUGGGCUCCGUGUGUCGGGAUAUACCGUGAAGUAAUGGUUAACUGUGGCGGACUUUGGAUGCUGUCGUCCGAUACCUCCACGCCGGUGUACAAGGUCUGUGUAGUGAGCGCAGGUAGCAGUCCGUGAGCUGUCCAUUAGGUCAGUCUUCAUUUCAAUGCAGCGGCCGCCGAGCUCCGCUCCUCUGUAAGCUGCUCCCCACAGAGCAGAGCUUCCUGUUUCUGAACCCCACACUUCUCUCAAACCAUGGCCAACGACUUCGUGAAGACUUUCGUGCAGAUGUGUAAGUACCUCCAGGAGCCCUGCCAUGUCGCGAGGUUUCAAAAUUUCUGCGGCGUUAAAGGGACGUUUCCGGUUAAGACGAGCAAACCGGACUGCGGACAGCCGGAGCAGGACGGCACCGGGCUGAGGAAGAGGGUCCAACAAAGCUCGGAGAUCAGUGUUGGCAAUGGAGCAACCGGGGAUGCCACCGGAGCGCAGGUUAACGGGAUGCAGGGCGAUAACGCCGCCGCGCCUGGUGGCGCAUCCGACCCAGACACCGCCAGGGCGAAACCCCUCCGGAGGAACUCCCUGACCGGAGACGUGGGUCAAGAGUUUCUGAUCCACAACAAGUUCCUCUUCUACCUAUUCACGUUUGGGACCGAGCUGGGCAACGAGAUGUUCUUCAUCAUCUUCUUCCCCUUCGUCUUCUGGAACAUCGACGCCCUGGUCAGCCGCAGACUCAUCGUGGUCUGGGCCUGGAACCUGUUCGUGGGUCAGUCCACCAAGGACAUGGUCCGCUGGUCCCGACCGGCGUCCCCUCCUGUGGUGAAGGUGGAGGUCUUCUACAACUCCGAGUACAGCAUGCCGUCCACACACGCCAUGACGGGGACAGCCAUACCUUUCUGUCUGUUCAUGCUGACCUACGGACGGUGGCAGUACCCCUUCCUCUUUGGAUUUGGUGUGGCUCUCAGCUGGAGCGUCCUGGUGUGUGUGAGCAGAGUCUACAUGGGGAUGCACUCUAUUCUUGAGGUGAUCACUGGCUUCCUGUACAGCCUUCUUAUUUUGGCCUUCUUCCAUCCAAUCCUGGACAAGAUCGACAGCUUCUACAUGAUGGGCCACUACGCUCCACUUGUGAUUAUCGUGUCACAUGUGAGCCUGGGACUUGUGGCUUUCUCUCUGGAUUCCUGGAGCACUUCUCGCGGUGAUACAGCUCAGGCUCUGGGCACUGGGGCAGGAGCCGCUCUGGCUACCCACGUGAACUAUCAGCUGGGACUGCUGAUGGAUCCACCGCUGUCCUCACUUCCUCUAACUUUCCCAUCAAUCAGCACUAGCUUGGUGUUUCUCUCCCUGCUGCGCUUCCUCAUCGGAGUCGCUGUCCUCCUCGUCACGAGAAUGAUUAUGAAAGCAGUGACUAUUCCCUUCCUAUGUCGACUGUUCGGGCUGCCUUCAGAUGACGUGAGACAGGCAAGGCAACACAUGAAAGUAGAGUUGCCGUACCGCUACAUCGUCUACAGUGUUGUCGGUUUCAGUUGCGUCUGUGUAGUGCCUCUCCUCUUUAGGAUCCUUAACCUUGCCUGAGUGUUGUGUGCAAACUGUCAUUUACUGCUGACAUGCUCACCUGCAUGUUGAAGGCAAACGGCACUUGGAAACAUGCUGCUGAGUUAAGUCUCCUCGUUUCUGAAACUGAAUUUAAAGGAUAAUUAUGGUGAUAUUCUAUAUUGUUUUUGUAUUGUCAAUGAAUAUUGCCUCUGCUCAUAGAGCUCAGUUGUCAACUAUUUAAAAAAAAAAAAAAAAAGACAUCAACGAGCUGCACUGAUGGACUGAGUGACAUGUUCCUUCAUUAUGAUGAACAUAACAGACACUGCUCCUCAGCUCCUGAGUAUAAAUGGCUGAAACACACAGUGCCAGACAAUAAUUUAUAAUAUAUUUGUGACCCGUCUUUAAGAAUUUACCGAUCGGCUUGAGGCCCAGAGGCCACAGAGUCCGGAGGAAGCCAGCAAGUGUUAGCAAAAUGGACUGAAGCAUCGGUAGCUUGAGUCUUCUCUUGGGAUUUGUUGACAAUAACAAUAACAUAUAACACCAGUCUUACCCUUUAAUAUCCAUCUGUGGUUAACUGGAACUUUGCAAGUACAGAAUCUAUCGGAUGUACUGUAAUGAUGUGUGCAUUCAUUAGUGAAGAAUCUAUUGUACAUUUCCAAAUAUAUAGUAAUGUGUUAUUGGAGAAGAAUAAGCCAAACUAUGAAUCAGUAAUGUGUGAAGCCACUUUUCUUUUGUUGCCGUGUUUGAAUCAAAUCAGCCUGGAAGCACUAAAAUACUGGAAGUAUUUUAGCACACAGGUGUCGUUGGUUACACGAGUUCUAUUUAAAUGUAAGCGUUUUGUUUUUUUCUCCUCUUUAAACAGGUGUGUUGUGUCAUUACAGUUUUUCUACAUUACCACAGUCAACAUUUUCCCUCCUUUGUACAUUUUUGUGUGUUUGUAAUUUUGAUCCAAAUGUAAGUUAAGUACUCUGAAUAAUCAUUUAAAAGCAUAAAAUGAAAAAUAAUAGAUAUUUUUGAUAAAGUAUUUUGCCAUCUUAACUAACUAGAGCUAAAUUGUUAAGGGAAGAAAAAAAUCAAUCUUUAUUUUAAAUACUUGAUUUCUAAGAAUUAUAGAGACAUUUCUGCUGCCCUUAAUCUACAGUAUUAAAAACACUUGUUGCUAUGUUUUAAUUGUUUAUUUGCUGCUGUAAUAUUCAAAUAUCCAUGUAAGAAUAUUAAUGGUUGAGCAUUUAUACUUGUAUCAUAAGUACAGAGUAUUUAUAGGUCUAUUAUUACCAUCCAUUCAGCUUUUUUUUUCUGUUAAAUAUGCAUCGACUGUAAACUUUGGAAAAAAUAUGGAAACAAGGACAAUAAAAUAU